UAUGGGACAGCUGGGCGGGGCCGGGGAGGGCAGGGCCGCGCGGAAGUCCUGACCUGCAUGUGGCGCCGGCCGGAGGUUGGGCGUUGCUGCCACCAGUGGGCGGGACAGCGGGGCAGCGAGGCGGGGGCACCCUCACCUGUCCGUGUGUGGGGAUCAGCCUGGGCUCCGUGGCCUCCGCUUGCACCGGACGUGGACCCAGGCUACCGGUGGGCAAGAUAGAGGACUGAGCCCAGGCACGCACGGCUGGCCAGGUGGGAUCCCCACCCCCGCUCAGCCUUCUUGCUGCAUGGAUGCUGAAGGACCAGGCUCACUUGAAGUUCUGAGAUUGAGCAGUAAGGUGGAAACAAAGAAACCAAUGGAAACAAAGAAACAAGUCAUUGUGGCCAAGCUCCCCACCACAGAGAAGCUGCCCUGAGUGGAAGGGAGGGUGUGGGCAUGCCCAUUUGUUUCGUGUCUCCCAGUGCUCUUCGCUUUCUUAUUGCAGACCUGCAUGGUUACAACAAAAUGAUCUGCAAAACUGAAAAUAUUUACUCUCUGGCUUUUACAGAAAAGGCUGACCAGCCUCUGGUUCCCGUACCGGUCAACUGAUUGGAGUACCUUUCCAGUUUGGAAACAUCUGGGCAGGCCCAGGUUUGCAAAAUUCUUUAAGAGUAGUUAUGGAGUUUUGCUUCUAAACAUUUUUAUGGCUGUAUACUUCUGAGCUGAGGUUGUGCUGUGUAAUUCUGAGCCGGGAUUUUCUCAAACUGUUUCUUAUUUCUUAUACCGGACACCCCUAAAUUCCAAGGGGAAUGGGAUGUUAAGGAAGCCAUGGAGUUUAGGAGAAAGAUACAGAUUUCAUUUCCAUUUAAGCAUCGAUGUAUCUCCAUCCUAGGCAGCAUCGGUUCUGUGGUAUUGAUAGGGGAAAUAAAUAGCAACCAAAUUUAUAGAAAAUAGUGGGUCAUUGGGUACACAAUUUCUUCUUUUCAACAUUUUUGUAGUGUUUGCAGUUUAAGAUGACCGUUCCUGAGAAACAGGCAGCCUCUUAGAAUGAAAUAGCAUUUUCCCUGAACCAUACUCAAUUUUUAUUUCGUAGACAGCAGGAAGGGCAAUCACACAUCCAACACUUGGGGACCUCAAAGAUAAAACGUAACUUUCUGGGAGCACACUCCCCCCGUCUCCCUCUGCUCUUUUCACUGUCCCAUUGUCCCUGAAGUCUCUUUUGUAUCUUCUGCUCAUGACUCCAGUAACUCUUCCUUCUCGUCCCUCAGCUGGUAAGUUUACUUUUCUACUUUGACCAAGCAAACUGAAGCCAACAGAAGAGAACUUUCACCAGCAACUCCCAGCACAUCCGCUCGCCUUCUGAUGUCUGUGACUACACUCUCGCUGCUCCACCUCUUAUUACAGAUUGAACAGGAUCCAGGGGGAAGUACCAAGCCUGUCCCAUCGGCCAUCCUGUGUGUCAUGUCCUGUGACCCAGUAGAUGCUCAGCACCCUCCAGCUGAAGAAACAGAUUGCCUUAGGUACAUCAAAGGUGAGGACACCUACUAUCCCCAUGGAGCCCAGGUGGGGCUGGGAGUCUGCUGUUUGUACAGCCGGUGGGCUCGUGUUGCUUUGGGCAUCCCUGUGCCUGAAUUCCUGCAGUACACUCGGUGCCUGUUUCCUAAUCUGCAAAACUGGAAUGAUGUUAACCAUCCCGCAGUGCAUUCCAUGGUGCAUCCUCACCUAGAAUUGAGUGGAAGCAAGUCCAUCUCAGAAGGGACAUACCUGAAGAGGAAUGGCAUUCCAGACUCUGAAGGGCAGAGAAAGCACCAGCCUGGGUUAGAGAAAGAGAACAGCAUCUCUGAGCCCGUCCUGGGUGACCUCACAGAGAUCACCCUAGUGGCCCAGGCUAGAGACCGGGAACAUGUACCUUCCUGCAGCCAACCCCAGACGUCCACUGAUGCCUCAUAUACUGGCAAAGAUCCUGGCCUGGGGGGGCGAUGGCCGCCGGAGAUUCGCCAGAUGUUGGACUCCAGCUUAACCACCGGAAGUGGGCAGGAUGUGCUGAGGGGGCGGAGGCAGCCGCCAAGGCAGCGACGGAGGGGGCUGUCCCUGGCCAGCCGGUCAAUUUGUUCCCAUCUCAACAUUUGCUGUCCCAGUUUCACAGGACGCCCUUCUUCAGUUUAUCCUUCUCCUGGGAGGUGGGCUCAGUGCAUGCAGCCCAAGGUCUGGGCUCUCCCCUGGGGAGGGGCAGAACUCUCUUCUUCUUCUUUGUCUUUAUUCUUCAGCAAAGUGGUUACUGGCCCCAAUUCUUAAUUCUGAGAAAGUGUAGCCUGUGUUACGGAGGAGCUGCUGGACAGUGAGGUUUCUGGGUGACAUUUUAGGUUAUUGCGUCCCAGAUUGCUGGCACACUCAUCCCUGUUCUCAAACAUCUUUUAAACUUGGGUGAAGUGAUAAGUUGGGGAAGAAGAUGAUUUACUGAAAGAGUCUCCCGAGAAGAGAUUCAGACUGAACAGCUUUGUGUCGGACUUUGGAAGACCGUUGGUGCCCAAGGGGUUCUCUGGCAGCACAAUGACGAAUCUAGGUCCCUCUUUCACUGCUACGUCAAUGAAGUGGACCGCUUGGACAAGGCCAAAGCUGGUAUCCCAACCAUAGCCCUUGACAGUGAUGUUCGGCUCCAGGAAGCCAUCAGAUGCAGCAGGUGGCCAGAGGAGGAGCCGAACGGGCUCAUGAAAUGUGACACCCCCAGCUUCAUCAACACGGACCAGAACUCUUCCUUUGGGGAAGAUGAUCUCCUGAUUUUGGAACCACCUAUUGUUCUAGAAAAUAAGCCAGUUGCCCAGACCUCACACAAAGACUUGAAUUGGAAAUGUGCUUUGUCAAGUGUUUCUCUGAAGAUGUGAAGUCUGUCUUUGUAUGGCAGGAAGUCCCCUUUCACAAAAUUGUAUGUGUUUGUGUCUGAGAGAGAGAAAUGGAGACAGACAGAAAGACGGAGACAGAAGAGAGCCCCCUCAGAAGAGAGCUAGUUAAGCUCCUCUGAGAUCCUCCGGCCACCCUUGCUCCAACCUGAGGACAGACCUACCGUUCCUUUCCUAGGAGGAGGAUCAAUCCAUGGUGCAUUUUAUGACAAUCCUGUCCCCAGGAAUGCACGGAAGGUUAUCAGCUGAGUGAGGGGAAGUGCCUCUGUGUCUCUGUGUCCCUGUAUCUCUGUCUGCUCACAGUGCCCUGCCACCGGCUACUGAACAAGAAAAGUGCUAUUCACCAUGCUGUGUCUUUUGCAGAUGUGUAGGUGAUGGUCUUGUGGCUCAUGUGUGGGCUUUGUCCUGGGAUGGUGAAGGGCUUAUAAAUACCUCAUCAACAUGUAUUCGAGAUGGCCUGGUGCCACACAGACUUGAUUCAUGAAGGCAUCAAGCCUGCACACUGGUUUGGAAACAACUUGGUUUUGAUCAGUCACACUGCAUGCAUGACUCACUGCUGACCUCUGGGUGGUUUUUUCAUUUUAGAUUUAUUCACCCAGUGUCUUGCUUAAGCUGAAAAAUACAUUUAUUUCACUAGAAUAUUCUCAGAUUCUUUGUUUUCACACAUCCAGUUGUUUAAUUCCUUUAAAAAUCAUUUUGUGUUUAUAAUGCCUCCUAAUAUCUAUCAUCUCUAGGUUCCCAGUGGCCUGAGCCAUGCACCAGAUUUGAUGUAGGAACUGUUCCACCAAAAGAAAUCCCUUUGCCAUAAUACCUUUUGAGGAAAAUAUUAUUCUUUAAGGCUCUAACAGUAAAUCGCAGAAAAAAGCAUGGAACAUUUAUUGUAGUUAAUACAUGUUCAUGCAAAAAGAAAUGAUAUUUUCAUUAAACAAUGUUGAUUUUAAAAAAUUUUACUAAUGUGAAUAUUAUUAUUCAUAAUUUAAGUAACCAAAUAAAACCACAGUUAUUUAUUAUGAAGAUUGAAAACUAUUUACACUGUCUCUCAAUUAGAGGUAGCUUUAUUAGAAGACUGAAGGGUAUUUAAAAGAUGGAAAAAUACCCAUGAUGACACCAUCAUUUUUAUUAACUAAAUAUCAAGAACUGUGCAGGGUUAAGAUUUAACCCUCUGCAAGCUGUCAAGUUAGCAUGAGGUAGUUUGUGGAUGCUGCCAGAAGACAGGAGACUCCCCCAGAUUCAGAGACAAAGAACUUCCUGCCAGCACAGCAGGCAGCAUGGGGUUCAUGUUCAUGUUGGUUCCUGAGUUUCUUUCCUUUUGCUGUUGUAACAAAGGACCACAGACUCAGUGGCUUAAAGCAAUACACAUUCAUCAUCUCACUGUUCUAUUGUGCAGAAGUGCAAAGUCAUUGUCAGUGGGCUAAAGCCAACGUGUGGCCAAGGCUACGUUCCACACCGAGGCUCUAGGAAGGGAUUCGUCUUCCUACCUUUCCCAGCUUGCAGAGGUGUUCACACUCCUUGGCCCAGGGCCCUGUGUCACUGUGACCUCUGCUGCCACUUUACAUUUCUGUCUCUGACUAUAUAGAUAUAAAGGAAGAGUCUUCUACAUCUGGUAUGGACCCUUUUUCCUAAAUGGACAUUGUAUCUCUAUUUAUGUGCAGAUUAAAACCCCUUCCCUCCAGGGUGUGGUGGCAUCAGCUCACAAGAUUACCACUCUGGGCUUUAAGUGUCCUCUUUGUAUUGUCACCUGGGAACUUCUCUUUCCAUAGUUAGCUCUGUGUUACAUUUGUUGUUGUAUUUUACCCGGCAUUACUGAAAGUUUUACUUAAAAGGGAUCCUAAUUAGCUCUGUUUACCUGUUUCCAGAGCUGAAAGCUUCAGUUCUAGAGUAUCUGUUUGAUUUCUCUUAAAAAUACAUUCUAGUAUAUUUCUCUGGUGAAAGUCUUUACCCUGUUGUCUAUUCUCCCAUAAUUUCCUUAUUUUCUUGAAUAUAUUAAAAGUAUUUUAUAGCCUUUAUUGGUAACUCUGAUGCCUACAUCACCUGGGGGUUAGCAUCCUUUGUCUAAUGUUUCUUAUUCUCAUAUUAUCCGUUAUAUAGUCUUGACAUGUUGCAUGUCUUGAAAUUCUUUAUUACAUGGCAGACAUUGCAAAUGAAAAAUCCACAUGUUAUUUUCCGUGAGAGGUUUUCUACCUUCCUGUUAGGCAAACAGGGUGAGGGACUGAUCAUGUCGCUCCAAUCAGGCGCUGAGGUGGAUCAGGAAUGAAGUGCCUUUUUUCUUAAAACAGCUUUGAGGUAUACUUGGCAAAGUAAUUUUCACACGUAUAAAGUGUACAGCUAAUACGUUUUGACAUAAGUAUAUCCCCAAGAAACCAUGACCACAUUCAAGAGAGUGAACAUACCCAUCACCCACAAAGCUUCUCUCCUGCCAUUUGUUGUCCCUCCCUCCCUCCCCAUCUCUUCCCCUGGAAACCAUUGAUCUGCUUUCCAUCACAACAUAUUGGUCUGCAUUUUCAAGAUCCUUGUAUGAAUGGAUUAAUGCAGUAUCUA